UGGCUGCAGGAACUUCGCUCAAGGCUAGCUGUGACCUCCGAGUGGCUACAGCAGGCUCACAUUUUGUAGCCGCCUUAUACAGGUCUCCCCAAAGCAGGACGUUAGAUGAGAUCAAAUGGCUGCCUUUCCUCACGUGACCAUAUUUUUCCUGGUAUCCUACACAUUGACACAUGUUUUUUCAGUUGCAGGCGUUUUGAAACGCGACUACUCUAGAUGGCCUAAGCCCCCAUGUAAAAUGUACCGCCCAGUGGAUCCCACUUCUGACUGUCCAAAUGUAACUGCACCUGUUUGUGCUAGAGAUGGCCGCACUUACCAGAAUGAGUGUUUCUUUUGUGUUGCUCAGUGGAAUUUUGGUAGAGAGCACAUUCAAUUUGACAAAUAUGGAAAGUGCGGCUAA